AUGGGAAAAGACGAGCUUUUAACUGGGUCUCAAUCCCCACCCAAAGAGGACGCGUCUAUCAUAUCCUUCAGUCCCUCUACAAUCAGCCUCAAAACAUUCAACCGUCUGCUGUCCUGCUACGAAGCAACCGUGUCGCAUGUGCAUCAACAUAAGGCCUCAACGAAACUAAAGCCAAAAUCAGCAAAUGGAUCGAAGCGCAACCAAAGCGCGUCUGUCGUCAAGACGGAGCCCAGUGCCGAGGAGGAAGCGCAGGUUCGCGAGCAGACGGACAAGUUCCUUGAGCUCGAUCGCUGGCGCUACGAAGGUUUGCCAAAGAUAGUCCAUGAGCGGAAGAAUUCUGGAAAAGAGGGGGCCUUUCUUCUCAAGGAGGAGCUUGUCUCUUUGAUGGAUUGGAAGAUGAAACACGGUGUCUUCCGUCCCGCUUUGAUGGGAAUGAUUAAGGGCAAUCCCGAAAAGACUGUCACUCAAGCGACGUCGACAGCAUUUGCCACGAUCUCAGAAGCAGAUUCUGAGACUUUCCCCAAGUCCAAUCUAGAUACGCUCACUGUGCCGCUUCGAGGCGUUGGCCCGGCUACCGCAUCAUUGGUUUUGUCGGUCGGUACAGCAUUUGCUACUGCCAGCAACCAAAUUCCCUUCUAUAGCGACGAUGUUUAUCUUUGGCUUUGUUUGGAUCUUCUUCCGCAAUUCGCAGGCGACACAGAGAAGCCAUCGCAUCACAAGAAGCCCAGUGGGGAGUUGAUUGCUAAAUAUAACGUGAACGAGUACCGCGAUCUCUGGGAAAGCGUGCAUAAGCUACGUGCUCGCCUUGACACAGAAGCAGAUGACCAUGGGCCAAUUUCUCUCUUCGACAUUGAGAAGGUCGCUUUUGUGAUUCGCAAUGUUGCUCUAUCGAGUUUUGCUGCUGAAAAAACCGAGUCUGCACCCAAAGAAUCAGCCGGCACGCAAUCCCCAACAAACCAGACCAAAUCCUCUGAAAUCAAAACAAAACGCAAGUCUGGAGCUGAGAGCGAGGAGAAGCCGACCCCGACCAGAACAAGCAAACGUCUCAAGAAGUAG